GGUGCUAGUGGUGCCCAGGCAGCAGCGAGGCCUCGCCUUUGUGGGUGUAGAAAGAGAAGAAGAUGGCUCCCGUUCUGGAGAAACAGCUCCCGGGUCCGACCGGGUCGGGCGACAACAACAAGGAAGACGAGGAAGGACAGAACCUCUGGUCCUCAAUACUGAGCGAAGUUUCCACCAGAUCUAGUUCAAAGUUGCCAUCAGGAAAAAAUAUCCUUGUGUUUGGGGAGGAUGGAUCGGGAAAAACAACACUUAUAGCCAAACUUCAGGGAGCUGAUCAUAAUAAGAAGGGGAGAGGACUGGAGUAUCUUUACUUGAGUGUCCACGAUGAAGACCGGGAUGACCUGACUCGCUGUAAUGUGUGGAUCUUGGAUGGGGACCUGCACCACAAAAGCCUUCUUAAGUUUGCGGUUACGGCUCAGUCGCUACCCGACUGCCUAGCUGUGUUUGUUGCGGACAUGUCUCGGCCCUGGACCAUCAUGGAGUCGUUGCAGAAGUGGGCCAGCGUGCUCCGUGAUCAUGUGGACACGAUCAAGAUUCCUCCAGAGGACAUGAGAGAAAUGGAGCAAAGGAUGGUAAAAGCUUUCCAGGAAUACUCGGAACCAGAAGACGCCGCCCCGUCCUCCCCACGACGAGCUCCGACAUCAGGAGAAGACGAGGCUGUCGUUCUCCCACUGGGGGACAACACACUCACACACAACCUUGGCAUUCCCGUGCUAAUAGUCUGCACAAAGUGUGAUGCGAUCAGCGUCCUAGAGAAGGAGCAUGACUACAGAGAGGAGCACUUUGAUUUCAUCCAGUCCCACAUCAGGCGAUUCUGCUUACAGUAUGGAGCUGGCCUGGUUUAUUCUUCCGUCAAAGAGGAGAAGAACCUGGAUCUGCUUUAUAAAUAUAUAGUACACAAGCUGUACGAGUUUCAGUUCACCUCACCUGCCUUAGUGGUGGAGAAAGACGCAGUGUUCAUUCCAUCUGGAUGGGAUAAUGAGAAGAAAAUUGGGAUUUUGCACGAAAACCUCACAAACGUUAGACCAGAUGAUCCAUUUGAAGAUUUUAUCACAAAGCCUCCAGUGCGGAAGUUUGUUCAUGACAAAGAGAUCAACGCAGAGGACGAGCAAGUGUUCCUGAUGAAGCAACAGUCUUUGUUAGCAAAGCAGCCAGCAACGCCAACAAGAGGAGCUACGGAGUCUCCAGGACGGACAGCCUCAGCAUCCCCCAGGCCUGCGGGUCGAGCCGGACAACCAAGUGUAACCAGCGGUUCACCGAUGGCUGCCGUCAAAAAGCCUGAUCCCAACAUGAAAGCGGGUGCUGCUAAUGAGGGAGUGCUGGCCAACUUCUUCAACAGUCUGCUGAGUAAAAAGACGGGAUCCCCAGGAAGUCCAGGAUCUGGAGCCGUUGGAGCUGGAGUUCAAGGAUCUGGCAAGAAAACAGGGCAGAAGCCGGGUUUGACUGACGUCCAGGCCGAGUUGGACAGGAUGACUCGCAAGCAGGACCCCGUGGUUUCAGCUAACAACGUACCGCCGACGGAGAACGAAGCGUGAAGGCAACAGAACAGCUGCAUCAUCCACCGCGUUAAUACUCUGGAAAUACAAAACAAUAUCUGUACAUGCGAGCAUAAACAAAAACAUUGACCAAAUUCCCAACGCCUAUAUCAGUGAGCGCACAGUUUGUGAUCAGGAGGAGAGAUGGGACGUGCUGAAGGCUUGGCUUUAUUUCUGUCCUCUCUUCCACUGUAAAUGCUAUUUUUUGUGAAGGAUGUCAGUUUGUUGAAAUGUGUGCACACUCCCUGGCAGCCAGCCUGAUGCUCCGGGCUGCAGGCCCCCCCAGUUUCUGGGGUUAAAACCGCUCUCCUCACGGAGUUUGAAGAGCGAUAACGCGCUGGCCUUGUGGCCUCUAGCUCGUCUUAUCUCCAGGAAGGAAUAUGAUCGCGAUUGGAAAGGUAUUUAAAUAUUGAGAAAGGAAUUAAAAU